UGGAUGUAGUUUGGUUAUUUUUUUUGUGUGCCAGUGCAGGUUAUGCUGUAGGUUCUUGUUCUAUGUUGCCUAUCAUCACAAUCGGAGGUUUUUCACGGAUCAUCUCAUCACUGCAGCCCCUUCAAGGACUAUAUAGGGAGCGGAGUGGUGGCCAUCCUCCUCAGUCCUAAUUGGAUGUGCAUUCAAUUUAGCUGUUUUGGUGGUAAAGAUGCUUUUGUCAUCAACCUGCUGUCUCGUCUUUCUACUUCUCUUGAACCACGUUGAUACUGGUUUCUGAUUCAGCUGAAACAUCCAAGUGUAUGUUAAACCACCUCUGCGUGCCCGGCUCCUGGCUUCUAGAUCAUCCUGGGGCGGGUUAUGUGGAAGAUCAAGGAGCGUGUGCGUGAUGUCCAGCUGCAGAAAGCCAAGCAGCAUCUCUUGACAUACACCGUCGGUGGUUCUCAGCUUGUCAGGCAUGUGAAGGAAGGACGGAUUCAUCAGCCACUGGACCACUUCAACCAACAGGACAUUGGCACCUUCCCUCAGAAGUUCUUCGUGAAUGAGGCAUACUGGCAGCAUCCUGAUGGGCCGGUGUUCCUCUUCAUUGGUGGAGAAGGGCCCAUCUUUGAGUCUGAUCUUCUGGGAGGUCACCAUGUUGAAAUGGCUGAAAAACACAGGGCUCUGCUGUUGACUCUGGAGCAUCGUUUCUAUGGUGACAGCAUCAACUCUGAUGGCCUUGAAACAGAGAAUCUUGCCUACCUGAGCAGUCAGCAGGCGCUUACUGACUUGGCAGUAUUCCACCAGUACAUCAGCCAAACCUUCAACCUGAGCCGCAGGAACACCUGGAUCAGCUUUGGAGGCUCCUACUCUGGAGCACUGUCUGCCUGGUUCAGAGGAAAGUUUCCCCAUCUGGUGUAUGGAGCUGUGGCCUCUUCUGCUCCUGUAGAGGCAAAACUGGACUUCUCUGCCUACAACAACAUUGUUGGCUUGAGUCUCACAAAUGAAGCAGUUGGUGGUUCAGAAAAGUGUCUGGCUAGUGUACAGGAGGCUUUUGCUGCUGUGGAAGGAGCCUUGAUGGGUGGUAAUGCCAGCCAGUUAGCCAAGGACUUUGGCUGCUGUCAGAUCCCCAAAGAUCUUAAUGAUCAGAUUGAGCUGAUGGAAAACCUGGCUGAUAUUGUCAUGGGAACAGUACAAUACAAUGAAGAAGGGGUGCUCAUGUCUAUUAAUGAGCUCUGUAGUGUCAUGACCAAUGAUAGUGGGACAUACGUGGAACAGACUGAGGCUUACAGCCGCCUUGUUAAACUAGCUCAGAUUUACCAUUCCAUGAGUGAGGAACCCUGUCUGGACAUCUCCCAUGAGAAAACAUUGAAGGAUUUGAUGAACACAACCCUGCAUUCAGGAAGGAACCCAGAAAGACAGUGGACCUACCAGACCUGCACUGAGUUUGGCUUCUACCAGACUUGUGAAGAUCUCACUUGUCCAUUCUCUGGGAUGCUGACCCUGCAGACUAGUACAAAGCUCUGUCCUAUGCUGUUUGGCAUUUCCCAGCAUUCCCUGCCCGCACACAUCACCUUCACCAAUACUUAUUAUGGAGGAAUCGGCGCUCAGACACACAGGGUCCUUUAUGUCAAUGGAGGUCUUGACCCAUGGAAGGAGCUCUCAGUGGUGCAGGCUAGGACUGAGGAAGGGCAAACCCAGGUUGUUUUCAUUGAAGACACUGCUCACUGUGCUGAUAUGAUGAGAAGCGACGUCACAGAGCGCCACUCCCUCAAGAAGGCCAGACAGGACAUUGAGAACCAUGUGGCUAGCUGGCUGAAGAUGGCUGCCCAGGAGAAGACAGAGUAACAGUCUGAUCAGAUCACAUUAGAACCUGAUUAACUCUUAUCACUCUCUCUCCUCUGCAACUGACAGGAACCAGUUAAUAAGCUGGUGUCUGGCUGCUCUGCUUCACCCACUUUCUGUGUUUACUCCCUCCUGUUCUCCACCAUCUAUUAGCACUGCGCUUGAUCUCUGUGUUUGUGUGAUUAUGGUUUUAUUAAAUUCUCUUUCAUGGCUGUUUUCUACUCAUUAGUUUUUGUG